AUGGGGGCUUAUUCCUUCUUGACAGUUUUGCUUUGGAGCUCUGUGCUUCAUAGUAUUCAUAUGAUGCCAUCACAAAAAAGAACUAACAAGUAUUCACACAGUGAAAGGACAACAAGACUGUCAGAGAAUGAUGGAAAAACACUGCAUCGUACCAAGCGUGGAUGGAUGUGGAAUCAAUUUUUCUUGCUGGAAGAGUACACAGGUCCAGAUACUCAAUAUGUGGGUAAGCUACACACUGACCAAGAUAAAGGAGAUGGAAAUUUAAAAUACAUAUUAACAGGAGAUGGUGCUGGCAGUCUGUUCAUUAUAGAUGAAAAUACAGGAGAUAUUCAUGCUGCAAAGAAAUUGGACAGAGAAGAAAAGUCCCUGUAUGUGCUACGUGCCAAGGCUAUAGACAGAAAGUCUGGAAGACAAGUGGAGCCAGAGUCUGAAUUUAUCAUUAAAAUCCACGAUAUCAAUGACAAUGAACCAAAAUUCACCAAGGAUCUGUACACCGCCAGUAUCCCGGAGAUGUCUGGAGUUGGUACAUCUGUUAUUCAAGUGACAGCCACAGAUGCUGAUGAUGCCAACUACGGAAAUAGUGCCAAAGUGGUGUACAGUAUUCUUCAGGGACAGCCAUAUUUCUCAGUGGAUCCAGAAACAGGCAUAAUCAAAACUGCUCUACCGGACAUGAGCAGAGAAAACAGGGAAGAGUAUCAAGUGGUCAUCCAGGCCAAAGACAUGGGAGGACAGAUGGGAGGACUAUCAGGGACCACCACGGUUAACAUCACACUGAUUGAUGUCAAUGACAAUCCACCUCGAUUUCCUCAGAGCACCUACCAGUUCAGCUCUCCUGAAUCUGCACCACCUGGGACUCCUCUUGGCAGGAUUAAAGCCAAUGACCCUGAUCUGGGUGAAAAUGCAGAGAUUGAGUAUAGUAUCUCCAAUGGGGAUGGAUCAGAUGUGUUUGAUAUCAUCACUGACAAGGAUACACAGGAAGGGAUUAUAACUGUCAAAAAGCAGCUGGAUUUUGAAAAGAAGAUAUUAUACACCUUAAGAGUGGAAGCCACGAACACUCAUCUGGAUCCUCGUUUUCUUCAGCUGGGGCCAUUUAAAGACACAGCUCUGGUCAAAAUUUCUGUAGAAGACAUAGAUGAACCUCCAGUGUUCAGCAGAUCCUCAUAUUUAAUAGAAGUAGAUGAAGAUGCCAAGGAAGGAAGCAUUAUUGGGCAGGUUGUAGCCCGAGAUCCAGAUAUAACAAAAAAUACAAUAAAAUAUACUGUGGAUCGACACACUGACCUGGAUAGAAUUUUCAACAUCUAUUCAGGAAAUGGAUCCUUAUUCAUCUCAAAGCCACUUGACCGGGAAGAAACUCCCUGGCACAACAUCACUGUCAUAGCAACUGAAAUCAAUAAUCCUAAACAAAGUAGCCAGAUACCUGUCUUCAUCCGGAUUUUAGACAUAAACGAUCACGCACCAGAAUUUGCCAAAUACUAUGAAACAUUUGUCUGCGAAAACGCAAAAGCAGGACAGCUGAUACAGACUGUGAGUGCAGUUGACAAAGAUGAACCUCCUCGAGGACACAAAUUUUUCUUUGAGUUGGUGCCAGAAUUUGCUGUUCAUCCAAACUUCUCCAUUAUAGACAACAAAGACAACACAGCAGGAAUUAUAACUAGAAGAAAUGGAUACAGUCGAAGUAAGACAAGUACCUAUCACCUUCCAGUCAUAAUAUUUGACAAUGACUACCCAGUUCAGAGUAGCACUGGCACCCUAACCAUCCAAGUCUGUGCCUGUGACAGCCAAGGGAACAUGCAGUCCUGCAACACAGAGGCCCUGCUCCUUCCUGCUGGCCUCAGCACAGGGGCACUGAUUGCCAUUCUCCUCUGCAUCAUCAUCCUGCUGGUGUUAGUUGUCUUGUUUGCAGCCCUCAAGAGACAGAGGAAGAAAGAACCCUUGAUCAUCUCGAAGGAUGAUGUGCGAGACAACGUUGUGACAUACAAUGAUGAAGGGGGUGGGGAAGAAGACACCCAGGCUUUUGACAUUGGCACUUUGAGAAAUCCAGAAGCAAGGGAGGAAAGUAAGAUGAGAAGAGAUGUCUUACCAGAAACUAUAUUUCAGAUAAGACGGACUGCACCACUUUGGGAAAACAUUGAUGUUCAAGAUUUUAUUCAUCGAAGGCUAAAGGAAAAUGAUUCAGACCCAACUGCCCCUCCUUAUGAUUCAUUAGCAACGUAUGCUUAUGAAGGAAAUGAUUCCAUAGCAAAUUCACUCAGCAGCCUGGAAUCACUCGCCACAGAUGGCAACCAAGACUAUGAUUACCUCAGUGACUGGGGACCUCGGUUUAAAAAAUUAGCAGAUAUGUAUGGUGGAGAGGAAAGUGAUAGAGACUGA